CAACUUAAUAUAGGACUAUACUUUAAAAAAGGUAGUAAUGAUCAAUCACAUGUGUAAAAUAACUAGCUGUCUACAUGCAGUCCUUUGGUGACAAUUUGACAAGUGACAAUAAUUUAUUUUACGAUAUUAUCUAGCAGAAGUUUCAAAAGCUUUUUCCAAGUAGUGUCUGCUAGCUGGAACUAAUUAAUUGUUUGGAUGAAAAUAAAUCUCAGUUGACAUGGUCGCAAUUGUCAUCAGCAAAAAAAUAAAAUAAAAAAUAAAAUUCCAAGCUCAAGACUACCCUUUUAGUGAUUUUGAUGCAAGAUCAAUUGUCCGGUUAGUAAUAGUAGGGCAAAAAAUAAUAGUCAUAUUCCACAGAAUUCAGCACGAUGACACCUAGGCGAUAAAGUACGAGAGAUGUGCGGUUCAUAAAUAAAUAACACGUCUUAACUUUUGAGGUAAAAUGGGGAGUUCUUGUGAGAAAUCCGAAGUUAAACGUGCUCAGUGUAGGGUACAACAAAUAUGAGUGACCUUUAUGGGAAGUGACCUUGAAUUAUACUUCAACGCAAAAACCGUGAGGAUCGAGACCUAAAACGCAAAUGGACAAUAUCUUGAUCGGGAAAAUGUUCGGGUGUUACACUUACACUAUAAUAAAAAUAAGCAAUAAAAAUAUAUAAAAAGGAGCCCAAAUCUUAGAAGUCGGCCCAUUCAAGUUUAAUGGCCCAAUAUUCUCUUAGACCCAUACCCAGCUAAGCAUCUCCGCUUGGGCUAUUGGCCCACCCCUUUUCAGUUCCAAGAAAGAAAAAAGGGAAAGAAACGCCUCUCAUUUCACCGACUCCGCCGGCCGGACUUUACUCUUCUGUCUUCUCUUCUCCAGUCGACCCGAGACCAACGACGCUACCGGUUGACGGCAAAUUCCUCUUCUGUCGCGGCUGAGACCAGACGACGGCAGGCCGGUUUCUUUGCUGUUCGAAUCCUGACCGAAUUCGUUAAAUUUCUGGAGAUCCUACCGGACUUCCUCUAUAUCGGUAGCUGAUGUUGACGCUCCUAGGCCUGAACGAUCGGUAGAGCAAGGGAUUGUAUUACUCCGACUAUCAUUGUAAGUCUUGAUCAAAAUUGCUGUCUUUUUAUGUUUAAAUUUCCCCCUAAUAACUUCUGCUUAGACCGAUUGAAUGUCUAUUAUGAGGGUUUGUUGGAUUUCGUGUUCUUUCUAUUUGUUUGGUUCUGGUGUGUGUGUGUGUGUGUGUUUUUUUUUUUUGACAAUGUUCUGGUGUGUUGAUUGGACGAGUUUUGGCUAUACAAUAAUGUAUCCAUCUCAUGAUUAUUAUGGAUUGAGGGUGUGAAUUCAGAAUGCCGGUUCCCUAUUCGAUGAAUUGUUUCACUUUAUGCUACUGCCACCUUAUAUCCUUUCUGCUGAUUGUAUACAUUGAGAAGUUCGGAGCUCUUUUCAUGAAAUCAUUGGAAUUUGUGAAGGAAGCAGCUGUAGUUUGUGAAUAUUUAGCCAUGUAUUGCACUCUUGCUUAACAAGAAGAGUGUGGAAUGAUGAAUUGUUAGUGAUAAUCAUGUUGGAAGGUAUCAAGUUGCCAUUUUGGUAUGAAUAUAAAAUUUGAGAUGGAGGGAUCCUUUUGUUUUAGAUAGUAAACGACCGUUUUCUUUUGUACCUUGAAACUUGGCCUAACACGAUCUUCGUAUUCGCAGCAUUGCUAAAUUCCUUAACUCCGUAACACAAAGUGGAAGUUUAAGGUGGGGUUGCAAGAUUGAUCUAGGCUUAAACAAUGGAGAGAUCCCAGCAGCAGGAGAUCGGAGCUCUUGAAACUUCGCUAAUCAACCUAGUCCAAGAUCACCAACAAGCUACUGUCCGCCUGCAGGAGCAGACAGAGAAAGCCAAGAAAGACGCUAUCAGGAAAGCAGUGAGAGUGUCGAAUCUGUUAGUUGAUGCUGUGAAUGGUGGAGUGGAAGAGUCGUUUGUUAUUGAGAAGCGAAUCGAGUCAGAGAUUCGAGUGUUGGCAGCCACCAUUACUCGAUUCAUGAAGCAGAGCGAUCAAUGGCUGUCAGCUACUCAUGCUAUGAACACGGCUAUCAAGGAAAUUGGAGACUUUGAGAACUGGAUGAAGGUAAUGGAGUUUGACUGUAAAAGCAUUGGUGCAGCGAUUCAGAACAUUCACAAAGAGUAAGGGCAGGGCCUAUUAUGUUGCGUCCUCGCUGCCUUGUAUACCAGGCAAGUUCAUAUUCUUUUCUUUAUAUAAAUCCCAUUGAAGAUGUACUGAAUAAAAAAGCUGGUGUCUUUCCCUAAAUCGGAGCACAAUUCGCUUUUACUCUCCUUUCCUGAGCUGGUUUGUGUGAAUGGAAACAUUCCUUAAAGUAUAUAUGCACCCAAUUUGUUAAGACUUCCAUGCUUUCCUUAAUGAUUCUAUAGAAUCCAGAUUGAACAGGAGUUCACGUUCACAUUCUGCUUUCUUGCUAGAAUACCAAUCAUUAGAUUUGUAGGUAGAAGCAAAUUGCUGUAUUAUACUGGUGUGUUUGGUUGGGGGAACUUCAAUUUUUCCAAUAUGCAGAGCUGGAUUGGCGAGUAUAAUACGGAAGUAGGUGGAGCAAGUAUAAAGAUGUAUAUGCAUGUUGUGGAUGCAAUCAAAGUCUUCGUCUGUGUUAAGCACAGUGAUAUAAUAUGAAAGUCUCCUCUAACAAUGGAUGUCGAUUUAACUGCUUAACCAUUCCUUUAUCUGAUCUUAAUCCUGUCUACUCUAAUCAUCUCUCCUUAAUUGCCGAAUGACAUUUACAUUAUGCAUGGAAUAUGGUCCACCAUACCAACAUAGUUCUUGAUCUGCCCUCUGUUGUCUUUGAAACAGAGGUGAAGAAUAUUCUUUUGCUAGUGCUGCAACUUUGACUUUUUACCUGGUAGCCAGCCGGGCAUCUCUCUCCCUCCAUCUAAGUCCAGGAGGUUGGAAUGAACGUGUUGUGAAGUGGAGUUGCUGAAGCAUGUGGAUGGGGAUUAGGGCUAUAUGCUCCUUUAUGAACAACUCCCGACAAGCUCUGGUUUUUAGGCAGUCCGAGGAUUGACUUCUGAUCACAAAGUUCCGCUAUCGCCAUCAUUGAUGCAGUUGGUUUGUCUUUUUAUUAUCGUCAUCGGAUUAGUUGUAUGUGGAACCUUUCUGGCUGAACAUUUAAGUCUUCGGCUCUAGUCAUGUGGGAUUGUUAAUCAGUUUUUGCACCACCAAAUUAUGGGCAUGGCAAGAGUUGUUUAAUGGGAAGUGAUUAUGUUUUUAUGCAAAAUCGUCCCUAUGUUCCCCAAUCAUUUUUGGUUCACACUUCAGACUAUUGGUGUUUAUGUUUAAACCGUGAUGUUAUUUGUUGGAUGCAAUGUAUCAGUGUUAUUUAGAAAACACCCCUAUGCAUCCAACUGCCCAGACCAAGAGUAUGUACGAUCCAACGACAUCAACUUGUGCUAGUUAUAUCGACAAUCCGUCGAGAGUAAUGGGGUUUACUUUCAUAUAAUCGGCGACAUGCCCAGUAAUGGCUCCGCUGGUGUAUAAUCUUGAUAUCAAGAGUUGACAAGCGAGAGAUACUAUGAAUGGUUCCAAAGUUAACGCGUCAAUCAUGCUCCGCACUCUUUGCAAGAAGAAAAAACUAAUUAAGUAAACGAGAUCUCCCCAUUGUAAUUAACUAACUGCGGAGGAAUUAUAAUCAAAUGAAGAUGGAUCAAUCGUAUCGUAUGGAUGGCACGAUCCUGUAUCGUCGUUCCCCAGCUUAACGGGUAGCCCUUCCUCUAAAUCAUUAUUAGGAGUAUCAGGAAACGGUGCGGUAUGGUACAGACCAGAUCAUAUACACGGUCUAUGGUUCAGACGGAGAGUCUGAAGUAUAGACCACAGACCAGAACAGAGACUAUACAGUCCGGUCCAGACCACGCUUGUGCGGUCUGAUUCGGUCUGGUCCAGAUAAACCAUACUCAACGAAAAAUGAAUAAUUUGUUUAGUCAGCCACAAAAAAAUUUGAACCAAUAACCAAGAAAAAUAAUUGUUAUUUGCCUUAACACAUUAAUCAUAACAUGCAUGAAUAAUUUUGAUACCCUAAAUCUUAGUACAUAACAAAGAUACAAAGUAAAAGCAUCCCAACUUGCACCAUAACGUCAUAAACAUUAACAUAGUGC